CUGGCAAGAUACCUUGGUAUCUUAAACCCAAUUCCUGUCGUCUACGCAUUAAUAGUAUUAAUACAAAUCUGCACUAUCUUUUUAAUCAUACUGUAAUUAUGGACGUUGCAAACGCUGUAACUUCUGCCGCAUUCAGUAUUGCAGGCUCUGAAAUAGUCAAUAACAUAAA